AUGACGACCACGGAGCUUCCACAAACUGACAAUGGGGAGAAAACAAUGGAUCUGGAGCAAACUACUCUUCUCAGUCGAGUGAUUUUGGAGAACUCUGAACUACGUGAAAAUUUGGAGAAACUGAGAGCGCAACAUGAGACGGAUAUUCUUGAACGAGAAAAGACAUUCCGAGACAUGCAGGAAGAGUUGAAACAAUUGGAAACAGAAAAAUCUACUAUUGCAAGGAAUUUCGCAGAAGAGUUACAAACAUUUAGGGACGGUAAUCAGCUGUUGGAAGAGAAUCUCACAUACACACAAACUCUUCUUCAGGCAGAAGAGGUCAAAAUGAAGCUAAAGACCGAGGAAUAUGCGAGUCUGCUGAAGGCAAACGAACAUUUUCAGAAUGUUAUAGGGGAAUUGGAUGAACGGAACGCUAAACUGCUCAUGGACAACACUUAUUUAGACCAGGUGGCAGAAAUAACGAGCUAUCGUGAGUUUCAGGAAGAAGCAGAUAAACAUCUGAUGGUAGGAAGUUGCAGAACACCUUCCAGCAUUCACAGAGGAUCGUGGGAUGGAUUAAACGGGUCUGUCAUAAACAAUACACCGUUGGAGACUAGUGAGAAGAGAAAGACGCUGAAUGAGACUCCGGUAGUUGAAUACUUGCCAAAAGCCCUGCCUCCAGCCACACUUGUGAAUCUCGCCAAAAAUCAGCCAAGCCAAAAAGCUAGUUGUUUGACCGUUGAGAUUGCUUAUGCGGUAAAUUGUCCUGAGCCAGUUGGUAUUGAUCAUCCAUAA